AUGAAUAAAAUUUUCCGACUUUUCAGAAAGAAAAAGAAAAAGAAAGAUGACCGUUCUAAUAAAGUAGAAUUGGUAAAGCAGUUUGAAACAAGAGAAACUGAAACUUUAGUUAAUAGAGUAGAACAUGAUUCUGAAACCUAUAAGAAUUUUGAAUCUUUAAAUCAUCAAAGAUUUUCAAGCCAUCCGACUCCCUCAAGGAAACGUAAUCUUCAUAAAUUACCAAAGAUUAUAACUGACCCAACGCAACUUGCCAUAAUUAGUGAUAAUAAUAGAAGAAAUACUUAUAAUGCCUUCAAUCAUAAUAACAGAUAUUCAGCUUACAUUCAUAGUAACAGUAAUUCAUCUUACAAUCAUAAUUACAGGCAUUCAUCUUUUCAUAAUGAUGACUUUGAUAUCGAAAAGUUGAUAGAUAUAAGAAAAUCCAUCAUUAAUCAAAAAGUAAAACCUAUGCAAAUUUCUUCAGGAAUUUGUCCCAAUUGUAAUAAUCCUAUUGCUGAAUUUGGUUACUAUACUAAAUGGUGUUUACCAUGUCAAUCAAACCUUUUCAAGGAUAAUUUUGAUUCUUG